AUGGUUCGCAAGAUACUUGAUAGCACAUCCGCUGGGGCAGGCUUGGUUUCUGAGCUUGCCUCAACUCGCAGCGGCAUCGAGUGUGUUGAAGAUGUCGAAUACCAGUACACGCCACUAAAAUGGGACGAGAUCCGCCUCAUAGUCCUCGAACCAGGCCUGACCUCGCACCCUAUCCGCUGUCGCAUCACAACCUCCUCCCAAAGCGAUACUCCACCGUAUGAGGCGGUAUCCUACACUUGGGGCGACGACACGCUCAUCUCACACAUCCAGAUCCUCAACCAGCCGACCCUCGCCCAGCCACAAAGCACCACCCUCGCGAUACCGAGCACCUGCGCCGCCGUUCUCCGAAGCCUACGACACCCCUCUGACUCCCGACACCUCUGGAUUGACGCCCUAUGCAUAAACCAGACGGACCUUGCUGAACGAAGCGCCCAGGUGCGAAUCAUGCCGCAAAUCUACCGCGCUGCCUUCCAAGUCGUCAUCUGCCUCUCCGCCCCACACUCUGCCGAUGAACGAUACGCGCAGGCGAUGGACUUUGUCGCUCGUUGCCGUUUCCAAAACACAUCUCCACAGAUGAGGACCGCAGUAGAGCACCUCUUCCGACACCCCUGGUUCACCCGCAUCUGGGUGAUCCAAGAAGUCGCCAAAGCGCGCUACGCGACUGUUUUAUGCGCGGACAGAUCGGUGCCGUGGUCGAACUUUGCGCUUUGCGCCAGCCGCCUCGGAUUGGACGUCCCGGUAUUGUCGCCCAUUCGGCGGCUUCAGCAUAAGCACUGGAUGAACAUGAUUACGACGGAGCAGUUUGUCAAGGCCGUUUGCAUGGCGACGGCAUGCUCGUGUAGAGAUGACAGGGAUCGGGUGUUUGCGUUCCUGUCGAUGUAUCCGAGCAUGAUGGGCAAAGAGCAGAUUGAGAGGUAUCGAACGUCUGGGAGCGCAUGUGGACCAACUUGGCUACGAGCGAGGAGUUUGGGUGUCAAAGACGAUGCGUCUAGAAGGGGCCUGGCGUCAGAGUCGGCAGUGGAUGACCCUUCCGACAAUCAAGUUGUGGGCGGAGACGAGGAUGAAAACACACCGCACCGUCUAACGAACUAUGCCCACUCCCUCGAGACCGUCUACACGCACUACGCGAUGCUACUACUGAAAAACCUCGGCCUUGACUUUCUCUCCGCCAUGCAAGGCCGGCCAGAGACAGACACUCUACCAAGCUGGGUCCCCGACUGGCGCGUCAACCGGGAGCGAACAAUCCUGGCUCACCUCCCUUUGACCGGUUUCAAUGCCGGCGGGCACGUCGAAAAUCAGGCUUUUCUGGUUCUACCUGCCGCCGAUGCGCACUCGAAACCAAUGCUCAAGACCAGUGCAAUUCGCGUCGGCAUUAUCAAGUAUCUCGGACAACCCUGUGAUAUAACUCUAUCAGAAUGGGAAAACAUUGUGUUCUGCGGCUGGAGGGGUUUAGCCGAAGACGCGGCAAAGUCAUUGGAACCUAAAGAAACCGAGACACAGAUUCUGUCGGCAUUCAUUCAGACAGUCAUGACUGACUCGGACGGCGAGUUCGAUUCAAAGACUCUCGGCGGGAUUCGAAGGGGGGAAAAGAGGGACAAGCAGAUUAGCUGA